AGGCGCCCAAUACAAAAAUAACAAGUCCUGAGAGAGUCUCUCAUUCUCUCUGACUGAAUCUCUCUCUCCUUCUCUUCCCUCGGCCUCUCUGCCCGAACACAUUCGCUGUCAUGUCUCAGAGACUCGUAGCCAGUAUGUUCAGCCCCGUUACCUUCGAUAUCUCUCCAGAGGAGGGCAACACGGUCAAACGGACUCCGAGGAGAAAGCUCUGCCUUGAUGACAGCAUACAUUCACCGACCACCACAGAUAGCGCCUGUAGCACCUCUUGUUCCAUGAACAGCGACUCAGAGUGUUCUACUAGUAUAGACAGACGACAUUCACUGGCUACGUAUCCUGGCAAAGAGAAUGUCUGCUCUGGUCCACUUUCAGGAGCAAAGUUACGUCCAUUGUCCUUCUCCUCCCUCCCACUGUCGCCGCUGUCGAGUAAUCGUAAUAAUGUGUUAACCUCGAAGCCGCUCAUGAAACACAUCAGCUCACCACUGGAAAGAAUGACACUUGCUUCGCCUAACAGUUGCAGCAGUGAUGGUUACUUUUCGGAUGUUUUUGAUUGCGUAGGAGAGGAUCCCUCACAAGAGAUGAUGCCCAAGUGCUUCUCAAGCCUUUUUGCUGCACCGAUCUCUAGUAACUGCGAUGAUGACAGAGAGAGCCCAGUGUCAAGAAGAGGCUCCAUGAAGAGAUCUCUGCUUGAGACUAAUGAUGAGAGAGAAUCAAAGAAGACACCUCUUCCAUCACCUUCUUCAUUCACUGCAUUACAGCCACCCUCUUCUCCACCAGCAGCCCACAAGUCACUGAAGGGUGUUGCUUUAUUUCGAUCUCAGUCAGUCUGUGUUCCUCCUCCCUGUGAGGAUGCCAUGUUCCCUGACUCACCAGGGUCUGGUGGUGUAGAGAGGAUAGGUGAUCACACUAAGCCUUAUCUCCUGCCACUGACACAAGGCACAGUCCCUGAUCAAAAAAGCAUCUCACCAGAUACUGUGGAGUCACUAUUAAAUGGUAAACACGAUACUAAGUAUCUUAUAGUUGAUUGUCGGUAUCCUUAUGAAUAUGAAGGAGGACACAUUAGGGGUGCCAUUAAUAUUUGGGAGAAAGACACACUUUUAGAAAGAUUUUUUUCAACACCUACUCAUCCAAAAUCGUCUUCUGAAAGUGAAGAGAGAAAUAUUAUAGUCUUUCAUUGCGAGUUUUCGUCAAAAAGAGCACCAGAAAUGAGUCGUUUCAUGAGGAAAGUCGAUCGAGAGAGAAACGGUAUGGAAUUCCCUAAACUCUACUACCCAGAGCUCUACCUCAUUGAAGGAGGAUACAAGAACUUUUAUGCAACUCAUCCUGAUCUUUGUGAGCCCAAGGAGUACAAGACUAUGCUUGAUACAGGCCACAAAGUUGACUUGAUGCAUUUCUCCAGAAGGUCCAAGUCCUGGGCUGGUCACUCCAAUGUUAAAGGAAGCAGGCUCCGUCACAGGCACUCUGUUCCUGACAUUCAUUAAAGAUUAUUAUUUUAUUAAUUUUUGUCUAUGGACAGCUCUUCAGGACUAGCACUCCAUUUGUAUGUCAAUUAAUGCAUUUGUACAACACAUUUUCUGAACUUAAAAAAGAAGAAAUAGAUUUAUUAUUAUUAUUAUUAUCACAGUUUCACUCUUCUUGUUCUUAGUAGAUUAUGUUUGUAUUCAUUUUUUGUUUUUUUUUCUCUGUGUGAUGAGAUGAGAUAGAGUAUUUAACUUUUUAAUGCA